AACAGGACACGAGUCGGUGUGCACCGAUCCUCUCUGCACUUUGAGGUCUUCGCCUGCACCUAAGCAGCCCUCCCUGCCAGGCGCAUCAUGCCCCUCGAGAGCUCACUGUGCGGCGAGGUGGCGGCAUCGUCAGCGGCGCCGCGUGUUCCACGUGGCAAGCGCGGAGGGCAGCAGGCACUCCACUGUGCAGUCUGCGAGAAGGAGUUCCGAUUCAAGAGUGCCCUCCAGAUGCACUUUCGAGUCCACACCGGGGAGAAGCCUUUCGAGUGCACGUUCUGCGAGAAGAGGUUUGCUCAAAAGGGUCAGUUAACAACGCACCUUGGGAUCCACACCGGGGAGAAGCCUUUCGAGUGUGUAAUUUGCGAGAAGAGGUUCACGGAAGGUGGAACUCUGAGGAGGCACCUUCGCACUCACACUGAGGAGAAGCCGUACGAGUGCACAGUUUGCAAGAAGAGUUUCUCUGACAGUAGCACUCUAAGAAUGCACCAGCGGACCCCACCGGGGAGAAGCCACGAGUGCGCAGUUUGCAAGAGGAAGUUCACUCGGAGGGACCACCUUGGAACGCACCUUCGAACGCACACAGGGGAGAAGCCAUUUGAGCCGUUUGCAAGGACAAGUUCACUGCAAGUUCGGCUUUAA